AUGGCUGUCAUGCACCAAUAUGACUACAUCUUCAUCCUCACGGCGAUAUUCGCGUUCCUCGAUGCCUGGAACAUCGGUGCCAACGAUGUCGCCAAUUCCUUUGCCAGCUCCGUGUCCUCGCGGUCGCUGACGCUGAAGCAGGCGAUGGUCAUUGCGUCUUUUUGCGAGUUUGCCGGCAGCAUCGCGGUGGGCGGUCGAGUCGCCGAUACGCUUCGCACACGAAUUGUCGACCCCCAUUUGUUCGACGAUGCGCCCCAAGUACUCCUCUUGGCCAUGAUGUGCACCAUCGUGGCCUCUUCCGUGUUUCUCACAGUGGCCACACGCUACGGCAUGCCCGUCUCGACUACGCACAGCGUUAUUGGUGGCUUGAUUGGCACUGCCACUGCCUCUGUUGGCAUCGACAAGGUAAACUGGGGGUGGCGAGGCGCAUCGCAAGUCUUUCUUGCCUGGGUUAUUGCGCCAGGGAUUGCCGGAAUCCUGGGAGCCGCAAUCUUCUUCGCCACAAAGCGACUUAUCUUGAUCAAUCGAAACGCGGUACGCCGCGCAUUCUGGUCUAUACCAUUCUUCAGCUUCCUCACCUUUGGAGCCGUGACGAUGUUGAUUGCCUGGAAAGGUCUCCGCAAUCUCGACCUCACCACCGCGACAACUCUCAUUGCCAUUUUUGCCGCUGCUGGCGGUGGUGCGAUUCUGCACGCAUCUUUUGUGAUGCCGUACCUCUGGGUUCGCAUCAUUCGACAGGAUUGGACACUCAGGUGGUACCACGCGCUCUUGGGCCCAUUGCUACUGAAACGGGAUCCCCCACCCCCGACACCACAUGGCUUCUUGAAGCCUCAAAUCAAAGAUUACUAUCGCGGACAUUUGAGCCCAGAGGAGCUCUCCUAUGUCCGCGCAUCAGAGACGCUGUUGCAAUCGGUACAGAUGCACGGAGGCAAUGGGCCGCCAGACCUAGACAAGGACGAUGACAUGAUUCUGCCGCCACCAGCUCAAGAUCCUCCGACACAACCUCGGCCGCAGUCUUCGGCCCACGUGAGCCUCAUUCCUCCUCGACCUCGGGGCAGCUGGAACGCGUUCCCGGUCAUCGCCUGGCGUAUCAACCGCGUUCUUCUCCGAGGGAUCGAAAAAGACGUCAUUAGUAUGCAGAAAAGAAAUGCAGUGUUGAGCUGGGACCUGGAAGACAUGCAUUCCCGCGCCCCAAGGUUCGACAACCGCGCCGAGUACAUGUUUUCAGCGCUGCAAAUUCUAACUGCGGCCACCGCAUCAUUUACACACGGUGCCAACGAUGUUUCCAACGCCAUUGCACCAUUCUCCACUGCGCUUGAUGUCUGGUCCCAUGGCGUUGUCAACGACCAGGUCGAUGUGCCCACCUGGGUGCUGUGCUUUGGUGGCGGCGCCAUUGUCCUUGGUUUGCUGACCUUUGGCUACCAUGUCAUGCGCACGUUGGGGAACCGUCUCACGCUGAUAUCGCCCACACGUGGCUUCUGCAUGGAAUUGGCGACAGCCCUCACGGUCAUUAUGGCAACGAGGCUGCGACUUCCCGUGUCCACAACGCAGUGCAUAACCGGCGCCACAGUCGGCGUUGGGCUGGCAAACGGCGACUGGCGCUGCAUCAACCCAAAGCUGGUUGGGUGGAUCUACAUGGGAUGGAUAAUUACGGUACCCGUCACGGCCCUGAUAGCAGGAUGCUUGAUGGGGAUAAUCAUAAAUGCUCCAAGAUGGAGCUCAUAA